AUGCUGAAAGCAGAUCUGAUUAAAGCAAGCCAGCGAUGGGCAUACCUCUUAAAGGAAUCUACUUCUACAAAGUCAUUGCCUUCAUGUCCUUUGGUCUAUGAGCGAAAUGAAAUUGAUAAAUGCCUUGAGAUCCAGGCAGAGCAGGAACUCUGUGACAGGGAUAUGGAGAGAUCAAGAAUGGGUAUUGGGGUUGAUGAAGAGGGCUGGGUGGUGUCUGAAACGUAUGAGACGGCAAAAGAAAAGAGCAGGAUUCUCAAGGAAGAGGUAUUGAUGGCUGCAGAGCCCAAAGGUCGCGCCAUGAUCGAGAAGCAUUGGCCUUUUGCUGAUAGGAAUGAGGAUGAAUGA